GUAGCUGCAAGUUGCUUUUGGCAUUAACUUUUGACAUCUGUGACUGGGAAAAGUGAAUAUUACAUCUUAGGGGAUGCAUUUUAUAGAGUCAUUCUUUUAAGUACUUAAAUGAGCGGUUAAUGGAUCUGUUAUAAAGUCACACGAGACUUUUCUAUAUAAAAUCAGAUUCAAAAACUCGGUCAACCAAAUUAAUGUUAACCCCCCUGACAAGUAACCACCUACAAAGAAACGCUCUUCUGAAAUCGGUUUCGCAUGCACAUCAUACAGCAACAUACAUCUCACGCCUAAAGUCCUGUGGAUGAUUUUCAUUCUUCCCGAGUUAGUCAGAUAUAUCAAUCGAUCAAGAGGCCUCCCCGCUCUCAACAUGGCUCCCCCCAAAAAGCCAUUGUCCCAUACAGAGAUUUGGGAUGACUCGGCUCUUAUAGACUCGUGGAACGACGCGCUGAAGGAAUAUGAAAAAUAUCAUAGCAUCCACAAGAAUGGAGGCAAUGUGGAAGACCUUCUAAAGUCCGACGAAACUACGGAUGCCAAGGAUGAAACUCAAGAGACGCAUCCCCUCGAAGCAGAUUCCGAAAUGGGAACUGAAGCUAAUAUCAACGGAAGACAAGAGGACGGAAAGUCGACUUCCCAGCACAGCCACCCGCUUGGUGGAGGUCCCGGUCCUGGUCCUGGAGGGCUUCUAGGUUCAGUACGUGAUGAAGGUCUGAAGAGACUGUUGAUGUCGUGGUACUACGCUGGCUACUACACAGGCCUUUACGAAGGCCAACAAAACCAAUCGCAGGAACAAAAUUCCGAAUCGAGGUAAAUGGGGGAAUUCGGAGAUAUCAUAACUCUAAUCCUGAAUCUGGUUAGAAAUCGUUGGGUGGGAUAUUUCGUGAGAUCGACCUGACAGGCAGGAAUCUGUAACGUUGGCUGUUACAAGCUGUUGUGACAACGAUAACGUCACAUAAUAGUAGUUACCUUAGGUACCAACGUAGAUUAAAUUCUACGAGCCAGCAAGCAUGCGACAAGUUAUGCGCCGGCCCUUAUCUAAAAGAAACAGUACAACAUAAUACUAGUUACUAGUAAUUAUACUAGUAAUUAUGAGAUGUCGGUUGGGGGGAGCGAAGCGAAGAAACAAAUUCGAGGUUAUCAUUACGUUCUUCAUGGAAAUCAUGGCCUGAUUCCUCCGUGUCUUGGGUCGCGGUUAUGAGUGCAUAGCCAAAUACCCGGGGUUUUCAGCUUCCUCGAGAGGAAACAAUUUAUUGAUAGCACUUCAAUUUGAGGCCAUGACGAAAUAACUGCUAAUCAGAAUAAUAUCGUCUC